CGAGGGGAGCCCCCGCCUCCCUUCGCCAAGGCCAGCGACUGAGGUUGUAGGGAGAACUGGAAGCGCGCUAGUAGGGGGAAGCGUCGCGUUAAAUCCGUCUCCUCCCCAGACCCCACUUCCGAGGGGGUGGGCGAUAGAGGGGAGAUUGGGGUUGGAGCAGCGGCGAGGGGGCUCCUCCCUUGCACCUCCCCCCACAGGACUUGGUCGCGCCCAAAGUGUAACACUUUCUCUUUGUCGGAGGAGCUCCCCUGUUUCCCGUGCUGGAUCUCCCGUUGAGGAGGCGCCCGAGGCAGCCCUGGAGGAGGCAGGAGCAGUUGGAGGGAUGGCAGCGACCGACAUAGCUCGCCAGGUGGGUGAAGGUUGCCGAACUCUCCCCCUGGCUGGACACGUGGGGUUUGACAGCUUGCCGGACCAGUUGGUGAAUAAGUCAGUCAGCCAGGGCUUCUGCUUCAACAUCAUGUGUGUGGGAGAGACAGGUUUGGGCAAGUCUACCCUCAUGGACACCCUGUUCAACACUAAGUUCGAGGGGGAGCCAGCCACCCACACACAGCCAGGUGUCCAGCUUCGGUCCAAUACCUAUGACCUCCAGGAGAGCCACGUGGGGCUAAAGCUCACAAUUGUUAGCACGGUGGGCUUUGGGGACCAGAUCAACAAGGAGGACAGCUACAAGCCCAUCGUGGAAUUCCUCGAUGCCCAAUUCGAAGCCUACCUGCAGGAGGAGCUGAAGAUCCGCAGGGUCCUGCACACCUACCACGACUCUCGCAUCCACGUCUGCUUAUACUUCAUCGCCCCCACGGGUCAUUCUCUGAAGUCUCUGGACCUAAUGACAAUGAAGAAGCUGGAUAGUAAGGUGAACAUAAUCCCCAUCAUUGCCAAAUCAGAUGCCAUUUCUAAGAGUGAGCUAACAAAGUUCAAAAUCAAAAUCACCAGCGAGCUUGUCAGCAACGGGGUCCAGAUUUACCAGUUUCCUACGGAUGACGAGUCGGUGGCAGAGAUCAACGGAACCAUGAACGCCCACCUGCCUUUUGCUGUCGUUGGCAGCACAGAAGAACUGAAGAUAGGCAACAAGAUGAUGAGGGCCCGGCAGUAUCCUUGGGGCACAGUGCAGGUUGAAAAUGAGGCCCACUGCGACUUUGUGAAGCUGCGGGAGAUGCUGCUUCGGGUCAACAUGGAGGACCUCCGGGAGCAGACCCACAGCCGGCACUAUGAGCUGUACCGCCGCUGCAAGCUGGAGGAGAUGGGCUUCAAGGACACUGACCCCGACAGCAAACCCUUCAGUUUGCAGGAGACGUAUGAGGCCAAAAGGAAUGAGUUCCUAGGGGAGCUCCAGAAAAAAGAAGAGGAGAUGAGACAGAUGUUCGUCCAGAGAGUCAAAGAGAAAGAAGCUGAACUCAAAGAGGCAGAGAAAGAGCUGCAUGAGAAGUUUGACCGUCUGAAGAAACUACACCAGGAUGAGAAGAAGAAGCUGGAGGAUAAGAAGAAAUCCCUGGAUGAUGAAGUGAACGCUUUCAAACAGAGAAAGUCGGCAGCCGAGCUGCUCCAGUCCCAGGGCUCCCAGGCUGGAGGCUCACAGACUCUGAAAAGGGACAAAGAGAAGAAAAAUUAACUCUGCUGUUUGCUGCAUGCUGCAUGAGACCCAGGGUCCUGUUUGGGCUUCCUGUAGAUGCUCUUUUCCUGCACAACAGAGCUGGGCCUCCCUAUCUUUACCCCUAACACGACCGGGGGCACACAACCCGUGCCCUCUCCUCUCUUCCUGCCAAAGUUUAUAGAAGCCUGAGAGUCGGAGGAUGGUGUCUGGCCUCUGGUUAAGAAGCCAGCAGUUCUGUGGUUUAGAGAUGCAUCGUGCAUCCCACUUCCCCUCCUAGUGUUCCCAGCCAGCCACUCCCCAUCUCCAACUUUGCCAGAGUGUAACUUGUUCAGGGGUCCUAUCUGCUACUCUCCACCGCCAGUUUCCCUGUUUGAACUCUGAUGGCUGCUCGCUUCCCCGAGGUAUUUGCAUCCACCGUGACUGGGUAAGCACCAGUCAAUAAGGCUUUCCCCCUUGGCCCCUAGUCAUUGGGCUUCCCUGAGCACCUGCCACCUCCCAACACAGCCACAGUUCCUUCUCAGAGGGCUCCAGAAGGAGAUCCUUUGAUGCCUUUUCCUUUUGGCCUCCCAGCCCUUUCCAGUUUUGAUUCACUCAAGGUGACUGUACUCAAGCUGUGUUAAAAAUCCAGAAUAAGUUUACACCAAGUCCCCCAUACCCCCUCCCCCGAAAAUGACUGCUGAAGAAAAUAGCAUAAAUGUCCUCUCCCUAUAAUAACUCCGAGUACCCUACAGAUGCAGAAAGGGAAAUAAACCUGCAUAUUAUUGCCAGCCUAGUGUCUUGAAUGAUGGGCUUAAGGAACUCUGAAGUUUCUGGGCAUCGCCUCUGUAAUCUCCUUUAGGGCUCCACGCCAUUCCCCAAUGGCAGGGCCAGUAGCAGGUAUAAUAACCCUUGUCAUAAACUGUCAAACUGAGUGGUCAAAGAAUCAAUGUUUUCAGUUUUGCUUUGAUGAGUCUUCCUGUCUGUUUGGUGAAUGUGAUGAGUUUUAAUCUGUAUUUUGCAUGUACCCCCCACAAUGAGAAGACGUGGAUCUUUCAGCUGGAGAAGAGAAAAGAAGUGUUAAUCCUCAGAAGGUCCCUAAUUUUACCUGCAGUCUAAGGAUUUGAUAUUUUAUAAAUAUUCCAGUCCUAAUUCCGGUCAUGGCUUUGGGAAACCCUUUAAAGUAGAGAGUGCUCCACUGUCAGGCACAGUGGCCUUUGGUGUUUAGCCAGGGCGAGAGUGAGAGCUGGAGGUGAGCUGGCAAUACUCUGUGGCUAACCCGCCCUUUCUCUGCCCUUCCUUUGCAGUAAUCUAUGGCUGUGUACUGAAUAGUAUUCCCGGCUACAGCUGGACUGGACUCCAUUUAGCCUUUUAAGCCAAGGUUCCUAUUUUAACUGACAGCUUUCCUUCGCGGUGCCAGGAAGCUGGGUCCCCUGCCCCUACCAUGUACUUCCACUUCAAGCACCACCUCUUUUUUUGAGUUCUGCCUCCCAGUGUCACUGGCACUGACCAUGACUUCAUUUUUUUAAAAAA